AUGGCAGAAGAGAUCGGACCAGAAAAGAAACAACCACUGGCCGAAAUGACCGAGGACAAGCACAAAAAAGAUACCCCCAUGGCUUCCCCCUACGCGCCUAAACAAGUAGGCCGUGCCUUGUGCUCGUGUAUGGUUUUCUUCCUUUUGCUAGUAGUAGGUAUCAUAGCCCUGGUAGUGUGGUUAGUGUAUCGUCCCCACAAGCCAAAGUUCACAGUUGUCAGCGCGGCCAUCUAUUAUCUCAACACCGCGGCCCCACCGUUCCUGUCCGUCACCAUGCAGUUCACCAUCGUCACUAGAAACCCCAACAAACGAGUCUCCAUCUUCUACGACCAGCUUUCAGCUUUCGUGUCGUACAAGAACCAGGCGAUCACGCCGCCAGUGAUGCUGCCACCUCUGUGUCAUCGAAAGCACAAAGAGAUCGGACCGGAAAAGAAACAACCACCGGCCGAAAUGACCUAG